AUGACAAAUGUUUUUUCCUAUGACACCAGCACCGCUGACAGCAUUGUCUCUGGAGUAAACCUACCCAGCGACUUCCUUCAUAUACCCAGUCAUGAACUGAAGAUACGAGACUACGAAAGAGACCGAAAACGCCUGAUAGGUUGGGAGCUCCACUGUAGCACCCUUGCCGAAUAUUACCGCACGAAUCGUAUACCGAGAGGUCUGCGAUCAAGAUUAAGACCCACAUUAUUCUCCGACAAUACAGAAUUCUCCACACGUUUUGAAAAUAUUCUGAACAAAUGCUCUUUUGAUAUAAUUUUACUCACCCUAGAACAAUUACAGAAAUCAAUAGAGGAAUUAUCCAAGAAAAUUGAGAUUACAGAAACAACCUUAACCACAACAGCACCAGAGGAAGAUUGGAAAAAAGCCAAAGAAAGGAUUGAUAAACAACUGAGCGAAUAUAAGAAACACACAGAAUUGAACAAGCGACAAAAAUUCGUACGCGACGCGGAGGAUUAUCGUCUGGACAACGUCUACCGAUGGAAAAGGAACCCACAGCAUAAUCCGUGGGACAACAGAUACCAACAUUAUUCCGGCUCUUCAUCCGAUAGUGACCGAUCAGGAAACUACAAACGUCCAGCUCAUUUUUUAGGGAACCGACGGAGAGGACGGGGACCAGGACCAGGCGCACCAGGAGAGGCGGGAGGAGACGGUCAAGGAAGCCAAGUACAGACCAGAUCGCAGACCCGUUGAUAUUACGACCUGCGAGGAUUUAAGACCACUGAGGAAGGCCGUGAAAGGCCGAAACGUCUGGUCGUUUUCUUCUAUGCCCAUAGCUGUGAUUAGUGCACCGGAACUCUAAUUAUG